CGGGACUCUGCUUCCCAGCAGGCUCCAGGCGGCGAGCGCCGCGGUGCCUUGUGUGGGAUGUAAGCGCGGAGGCCGCCGCCCGCCGCUAUGGGGCUGAAGGCCGCCCAGAAGACGCUGUUCCCGCUGCGCUCCAUCGACGAUGUGGUGCGCCUGUUUGCUGCGGAGCUGGGCCGGGAGGAGCCCGAUCUGGUGCUCCUCUCCUUGGUACUGGGUUUCGUCGAGCAUUUCCUAGCCGUCAACCGUGUCAUCCCCACCAACGUUCCCGAGCUCACCUUCCAGCCCAGCCCCGCGCCUGACCCUCCCGGCGGCCUCACCUACUUCCCCGUGGCCGACCUGUCCAUCAUCGCUGCUCUCUAUGCCCGCUUCACCGCCCAGAUCCGAGGCGCCGUCGACCUGUCCCUUUAUCCACGAGAGGGGGGUGUCUCCAGCCGCGAGCUGGUGAAGAAAGUCUCUGAUGUCAUAUGGAACAGCCUCAGCCGCUCCUACUUCAAGGACCGGGCCCACAUCCAGUCCCUCUUCAGCUUCAUCACAGGUACCAAACUGGAUAGCUCUGGUGUGGCCUUUGCUGUAGUAGGGGCCUGCCAGGCCCUGGGUCUCCGGGACGUACACUUGGCUCUGUCUGAGGAUCAUGCUUGGGUGGUGUUUGGUCCCAAUGGGGAGCAGACAGCUGAGGUCACGUGGCAUGGCAAAGGCAAUGAGGACCGCAGAGGCCAGACAGUCAAUGCUGGUGUGGCUGAGCGGAGCUGGCUGUACCUGAAAGGCUCAUACAUGCGCUGUGAUCGAAAGAUGGAGGUGGCGUUCAUGGUGUGUGCCAUCAACCCUUCCAUUGACCUGCACACGGACUCCUUGGAGCUCCUGCAGCUGCAGCAGAAGCUGCUCUGGCUGCUCUAUGACCGGGGACAUCUGGAAAGGUACCCCAUGGCACUAGGGAACCUGGCAGAUCUGGAGGAGCUGGAGCCAACCCCUGGCCGGCCAGACCCGCUCACCCUCUACCAUAAGGGCAUUGCCUCCGCCAAGGCCUACUACCGUGAUGAGCACAUCUACCCCUACAUGUACCUGGCUGGCUACCACUGUCGCAACCGCAACGUGCGAGAGGCCCUGCAGGCCUGGGCGGACACUGCCACGGUCAUCCAGGACUACAACUACUGCCGAGAGGACGAGGAGAUCUACAAGGAAUUCUUUGAAGUGGCCAAUGAUGUCAUCCCCAACCUGCUGAAGGAGGCGGCCAGCUUGCUGGAGGCAGGCGAGGAGCGGCCCGGGGAGCAGACUCAGGGCACCCAGAGCCAGGGCUCUGCCCUCCAGGACCCUGAGUGCUUCGCUCACCUACUGCGAUUCUAUGAUGGCAUCUGCAAAUGGGAGGAGGGCAGCCCCACACCUGUCCUGCACGUGGGCUGGGCCACCUUCCUCGUGCAGUCCCUAGGCCGCUUCGAGGGACAGGUGCGGCAGAAGGUGCACAUAGUGAGCCGAGAUGCAGAGGCAGCUGAGACAGAGGAACCCUGGGGUGAGGAGGCCCGUGAAGGCCGGCGGCGAGGGCCACGGCGAGAGUCCAAGCCAGAGGAGCCUCCGCCCCCCAAGAAGCCUGCACUGGACAAGGGUCCCAACUCUGGGCAGGGUGCGAGUUCGGGACCACCCCGAAAGCCCCCAGGAACAGUCCCAGGCACAGGCCGUGGCCCUGAAGGCAGCAGCGCAGCUCAGGCCCCCGCACCCGCUGCAUCACCGCCACCAGAUGGGCCGGUGCUCACUUUCCAGAGUGAGAAGAUGAAGGGCAUGAAGGAGCUGCUGGUGGCCACCAAGAUCAACUCCAGCGCCAUCAAGCUGCAGCUCACUGCGCAGUCGCAGGUGCAGAUGAAGAAGCAGAAGGUGUCCACGCCCAGCGACUACACUCUGUCUUUCCUCAAGCGGCAGCGCAAGGGCCUGUGACCUGCGGGGAGCCCCGUCCCACCCUCAGUCCAUCCAGCUGGGCUUCCCCCAGCACCCAUUCCCCAGCCAGCCCCGCUGCCUCCCAAACAGCCAGAUUGGGCCUACAGCCUGGCUCCGCCUCCACCCCACCCCAGCUCCCAGGUUUACAAGUACUCAGAUGGUCGAGGCAGUGAGGUCCUCCAGCCAUGGCCCUGCUCCUAGAGUGUAGUCCCCUCUCCGCGCAUCCCGGCCGGCCAGGUGGAUCGAGCCCCCGAAAGUGGGCCACAGCCGAAGCUCUGACCCCCGCCUCCCUCGGCCAGACUGACCGACUGCAGGCUGUGGCCCUCCCACCUGGGGAGACUGAGGCAGGCCUCCCUCUAGGGGCUGAGGUCUGCUGGCCCGGGACUCUGGGGCACAUUUCCGCACCGCGGAGUCCACGGCUGGGGACCCCGCGUGCCCGCGCCCAGGGCGAGCCCUGAUACCUGGACUCAGGG